CGACGGCGCCGCAGAGCUGGGAGCAGGAGGCGGAAGUGCCUGUUGCUGCGUUUCACCGCUUCUCCCAACGGUGUUGCGGCGCCACUCGGUGGUCGGUUAGCUGUGUGAACCCGCGGCCCAGCUGCUACCAUGAGCCGGCACAGCCGGCUGCAGAGGCAAGUUCUGAGCCUGUAUCGCGAGCUGCUGCGCGCCGGGCGCGGGAAGCCGGGGGCAGAGGCGCGCGUGCGGGCCGAGUUCCGGCAGCACGCCUGCCUGCCACGCUCAGAUGUACUGCGCAUCGAGUACCUGUACCGCCGCGGACGGCGCCAGCUCCAGCUGCUACGCUCCGGGCACGCCAAGGCCAUGGGUGCCUUCGUGCGUACGCGAGGCCCGAACGAGGAGUCCCACGGCGCGGGGGUCCCAGAGACCCCGCCUGACGAAGGUGAUGGCCCGAGGAAACCGCUGGACAGCAUGGGGGCACCGAAGACACCGCCGGAUGGACGGUGACCGGCUGAAGGGCUCGCGCGUUGGCUCAGGGGAACCGGGGGCCCGCCUGACUGCGUAGGGGGACCGGGGAGCCCGCCUGAUGGAAGGUGAGAGGUCUUGAGAGACUAGAUCGACAGAUUGGGGGAACUGAAGAGCCCUCCUGGCGAUGUGGGAUGCGAUGGCAAGAGAUGCCUGACUUUGCCCGAUGUGUAGUAACGGGUCGAACUUACUCAUGAGGGCUUGGGAUGGCCUGGAUCUCCUGCUGGCUCGACUGUCAAGCUGAGAGCUACUUACCCGAAAGCCUGGGUAGCCAGGACGCCCCGCUGGUGGACAGAAAGAGACUGACAUGCCCUUCCCUAGACCCCUGAGAAUGUAUCACUCCUGGCUCUUCAAGGAGACUCCCCUCUCCUGUAUUGAACUCUGAGAAGAGCAGACUUUUUUGCUGAGGAGUUUGAGAAGAUGCCCUGAUGGACGGUGAAAAGCCUGGAAUCCCCUUAGGAAAAUCUUUCCCCCAUUGUGACAAACUAGGAAGGGGGUAGGGAGUCUCUCCUCCCAGCUAAUCAGUUAAAGACCCCCUCAAGACCUCUACCUCUACAUGAUGGUUCUGAGGGGGACUCCCGAUUCCUGCCCCUUUCCCUGCUCAGGACUGUCGGACAAAAAGGCAAUAAAAUUGGGGAUGUGCUUACUUCCCUAU